AUGUGUAUUACAUCACGUGUAUUACAAACCCUCGCUCCAUCAAAUUUUUCCUCCACCGUAAUGCAACACUAUCUAAUGUUGGCCGCCUCUUUCCAGAGAUCUUUGAAGCUAACUGCGCCGCUCAUACGCAGCUUUUCUACAAGGCUGGUCCUUCUCAACGGCGUGCCAAAUGCCCGCCCGUCCCCAAAAGAUCACGCAGUGAAAGACCCAAAGGUUUUGGCAAAGAGAGCCCAGGCCAAGAAAGCCAAGCAGAAACAACUGCCAUCCUUGCAUCCGCUCUACAUGGAAGUGCCAACAGCAAUGCGCUACAUGCGUGCGGCAGAAGUGGGUCAGCCUGCAAAGAAAACAACCGUUUCCAUACAACUCACCGUUCUUCCAGAAAAGGGUUCCACGCCGUUGCAGGGUAAGAUUUUCUUCCCUAAAGCCAUCAAGGACAACAAGGCCAUUGUUUUCACUCUGGACGAAGACGUCCGCGCCAAACUUUUCGCUCUCGACGAGAGAAUUCUUGUAGGUGGCUCGGACUUGGUUGAGCAAAUCCAGCUGGGCGCUGUCGAUGUUAGCAAAUUCAACCAAUCGUACGCCACGCCGGAAAUGGUGGCGUUCCUUCGGCCCAUUGCGCGUGUCUUGGGUCCCAAGGGAUUGAUGCCUACUGCUAAAAGAGGCACAGUGUCCGAGGAUAUUGUGCUGCUUAUCGAGGAAAACUUUGGUGCAUUCAAUUUCAAGCAAAAGGGCAACCUUUUGAGCAUUCCUGUGGCGCGCUGUGACUUCAGUGACGAGGAGGUGAUACGGAACAUCCAGGCUGCCUCUGAAGCUGUUUACGCGUGCCAGCCACCAGGAACGAAGAAGCCCAAUUUGAUUGGUCAAUGUUGUUUGAGCAGCACUUUGGGCCCUGCCGUUGUCAUCGACUUCAAAAAUUAG